CAGCGUCCAGUUGAGCUUGGGGGCGUGGUGUAUCAUGGGAAAAAAAGUUGGUCGCAAAUCAGUUCCAGCGUUGGUGAGAAAGAUAAGCAUAGCAGGCUUUUCUUCAAAUAUACCUAAAAAAGACAUCGGCUAGCAAUGUCUGGCCGGAAAGUGCCGAACUUUCCUGCUUCUGAUUCCCAGUGCUUCAGCUCCACCCCUGUCAAAACUACCCAGGGGAAAGACCUGCACAUAUCAAAGGGCUUGGACGACGACGUGCUGUCCGAUGAAGAAGACACAUUCUCUCUGCUCUCUCCCAUAUACCACGAUAGUUUUGACAGUGAUGAAGACCUGGAUCACAGCCUGCAGACUUCACCCAGGCAGAGCAACACCUCCAGACUCAGCCUUUCACCAGUCAGAUGUGAGCUACCAAGAACGCCUUCAGUGGAUACAGCUGUGGAGCCUGCAGACUCACAUGCUCUCAGUGCAUGGGAGAAGUGGCUGGUUAACAAAGCCAAAGAAGACCGUUUACAGUUAGAAAAACAAGCAGAACAGGAGCAGUUAAAAAAGGAGAAGAAAGCACAUGAAGAAAGGAAGCGUGAACAGAAAAAUAUUGUCAUGGAAGUGAGGAUCCAACAAUGGCUAAAGAUGAAAAGAGAACAGGAAAAGCAAGAGCAACUUCUAAAACUGAGGAAAGAGGAGGAGGAGAUACAGAGGCAGCACAAGAAACAGAGGGAGAUAGAACAGAAAGCUCAACAAAAAUACAAAGAGUGGCUACAGAAGAAGAACCAAGAGAAAAUUGAAAUGGAAAAGAAGGAGAAGGAGGAAGCUGCCCUGAAGGAGGAGCAGGAGAAAGAGCGCCGCAAGAGGGCAGAGGAGAAGUUCAAGGACUGGCUGGCUAAAGCUAAUGAAAAAACCAAAGCUAUUCCCCAGUCACCUUGCUACCCAAGAAGUCCUUACGAGAAAUACCUCCCAUCACCCAGCUUCUACAAUCCAAUCCCCUGGAAGCCGAUUCAUGUCCCUCCACGGGAAAAAGCACUGAAUAACAUAUCUGGCAAGAAACCUCAGAAACAACAGAGAAGCCAACAGAGCCCCAGCAGCGCUCUGAGAUCGAGAAACUAUGCGAGUGCCACUCAAGUGCUGCAGAGGAGAUGACACAGCUGACACUUCUGUGACUGAUACAUUGGCUUUGUUACUGCUUGAAUAUGAUUCAUCAACCGCAGCAGCUCCUGAACUGAGACUCUGCUGAAUCACAGAAGUAUUUCUGUUGGCUUAUAUGGAUGUGGUAUUUAAGCUUCUAUAUAUAUGUUUUGGUUUUUUAUAUUGCUGAACACUGGACGAUAUUGUCACAAUGCUCUAGCUCAUAUUAGAUUACUUGUAAGGAUGUGUGUUGGGGAUUGUUAUGAUUUUUCAAAUAUGUGUAUAAUUUAUUCUGACACCGCACCCAGCUUUUAUACGAUAAUAAUGGUUAGCAUUCAUAUCAUUAUGGCUGGACAUUUAAACAGUGGAGUUGAUUUUGUUUUAUCCUGUCAAUUGAAUCAAUUUGCUAUUUGGAUAAAAGCACUUUAUCAAAGUUC